AAUAACGUCAAGUGCAUGGGGGAGAUGAGCGAUCUCGUCGUUUUGUACGGGAACCUGCCCCAGAGUGCGCUCAUAGCAUUACUGGAGGAGAGAGAUCUAGAAAUUCUGAAACAGAAGACCCAGCUUCAGAUUUUGUUUCAAGAAAUUGAGGAUCUAAGGAAGGAAAAAGAUGAUCUACUCCGAAAAGCCAGUCUUUCACUCUCAGGGGAGGACAGUGUCACUAGCUCCCACAGUGGAGAGGAAUUUCUGCGGAACAAGAAUCGUUCUCGCUCUGUCGGAGGAUCACCACUCGAGUCACCACGAAGCAGCAGACUUCUUAAUCAGACCGGUCUCCACAGCAACCGCUGUCAGCGACAAAGGUCAUUUCGAAGAAAUGAAGACGAAAUAAAACGCUCAAGGUCACAGUCUGUGGCUUACGAACUCUCACAAGAUUUGCAGGACAAACAGGUGGAAAUGUUAGAAAGAAAGUACGGUGGAUCUAUACGAUCGCGGCGUGCUGCCAAAAUUAUACAAAGGGCAUUCCGCCAGUAUACAAUGAACAGAAACUUUGAGAAAUUACGAAUAGCUGUUGGUGAACGUAGAUUAUCUAAACGUUUAUCUGAAUUAGGGAGAAGUAACACAGUAAGUGCUGAUGCUUAUUUUAUGAAUUCAUCACCAAUUUUACAAGGUAAUGGUGAUUUACAAAGACACUCAGAUGUUGUAGGAGGGAAACGGGUGGACAGUGAUAAGCUUCGAUUUGGUGAAAACCGACUACGACAACAAAUGUCUUUGGACCAAAAUGCACGAUUUGACUCUCAAUUACCUUACAGAAGAAUUUCUGACAAAAGAAAACUAGAACGACACAAGGAGAUAGACCUUACAGAAAUUCAGAAAGAUACAAAAUCUGUCUCCAAUGAAACCAAUAAUAACCGAAACUCUUGUCCUGAAAUGAACGAGAGCAGUGCUAGCGACUCUCCUCAGCCCACGCCUGCAGACAGUGCGGUUGAUCCGCAUAGUCUCGACUUUGAAACUUUAUUGGAAAAUAAAGACACAGGUAUCGUGUUAGCGGAAAGUUUUCAUAGUGAUCAAAGUAAUCCCGAUGGAUCAUUGUAUUGUGGUGGAUAUAAUCACAAGAAAAUGUCAGCCUCAUCACUCUAUUCCAAUGCAAGUACAGACACGUUAGAAAAUAAAAGUGAGUGCUAUGAUUCUUACAAAUCAAAUUUCUCAGAUUCUGGCUCCUAUGGUAGCCAGGGUGAUCUACAAAUUAAAAUUGACACAAUCCAGCCAUUAGAAACCGUGAGAACACCUGAACAAAAACAAAUGGCAGACCAAGCUCACAAGUACUACAUGCAACAGGGAAUUAAAAUGCGUAAAAAUGACAGUGCAAGUUCAUUAUCUGGUAAAAAGCCACCUCAGGUACCUGUUCGAGGUCCUGAGGCCUCACCUAUUUGGAAACGUAAAGGUGCUAACACAAAUGGAACAUCCCCUGCACCGAUUUCCAAUAAACUUCAGGAACCCAAACGCAUGAGCAAUAUAUCAGAAAUCAGUGAAGCAGACUCGCUACUCGAUGUUCCUUGCUCAAGUUCUCCAAGUUCAGAAACUAUUAGUAUAGGAAGUGAAACCAGUUUAGUGUAUCAGCGUAAAAUACGGUUAAGUGGGGCACCAGAACAUGGGGGACAUAGUGGUGUGCAUAAAUCUGACAAGUCACGGAAACGCACAUAUCGCAUAGGCCUCAAUAUGUUCAACAAAAAGCCAGAGAAGGGGAUCUUGUUCCUGUCGGAGCAGGGUUUCAUCGGGGAAACCCCAGCAGAAGUGGCUCAUUUUCUGAUCACCAGGAAGGGUCUCAGCAAGCAGAUGAUUGGGGAAUACCUAGGAAACCUCCAGAAACCAUUUAAUCAGCAGGUCUUAGAAUACUUUGCUCAAGAAAUUGACCUAUCAGGUCUCCAGAUAGACAUGGCUCUCAGGAAAUUCCAGUCUUACUUCAGAAUGCCCGGUGAAGCACAGAAGAUUGAGCGGCUAAUGGAGGCAUUUGCUGAUCGUUACUGUGCAUGCAAUCCAGACCAAAUCAAGAACUUCCGAAAUCUUGACACGAUUUUCCUUCUAGCAUUUGCAAUUAUAAUGUUGAAUACUGAUGCCCACAAUUCCAGCAUUAAGGCUGAACGCAAAAUGAAAGUAGAAGAUUUCAUCAGAAACAUGAGAGACAUAGAUGAUGGCCAGGACGUAGAUAGAGACAUGUUGAUUGGAAUCUACAACCGAAUCCAGACGCAGGAGUUUAAACCCGGAGUUGAUCAUGUGACACAGGUCAUGAAAGUCGAACAAACAGUGGUGGGGAAAAAACCACAACUGGCUCUUCCCCAUCGGCGAUUGGUGUGUUACUGUCGUUUAUAUGAAGUCCAUGACCCAAAUAAAAAAGAAAAAAUAGGUCUCCAUCAGCGUGAAGUCUUCCUCUUCAAUGACCUACUUCUGAUUACGAAAAUUUUCAGUAAGAAGAAGUCGGGCAUUACAUACUCGUACAAGCAGUCCUUCCCUCUCAGCGGCAUGCAGGUCUUUCUGUUUGAAACGUCACAUUACCAGUAUGGUGUGCGGCUAGUGGGAGGUGUGAACCAUAAAGUACUGAUCACGCUCAAUGCACGAAACGACCACGAUCGACAAAAGUUUGUAGAAGAUCUAAGGGAGGCAAUCUUAGAGACCAAUGGAAUGGAAACUCUACGAAUAGAAGAAGUCCAGAAACACACAGCCAAUCACAACACACUAGACAGACAUUAUGCAAACGACGACUCUCGUGUAUUAAUGUACGAGCUCAAGCCAUCAGAUCCAUCUAUAAAUAGACUGUCGGCUCCCGACUGCCCCGCCCUACAGAAACUCCCUCUGUCCAAUUCUCUCACUGAUCUUUGUCAAGGUCAAGGGAUGAGGAGAGGUAGCAGUGGUGGAUCUCUAGACAGUGGGGUGGCCUCUGGGGGAUCAGGGGGAGUAAUGGUGUGUGGGGACAGGGUAUCACAGAAUAGCCAGACCAGUUUACAUUCCCGGGGGUCGCCAGCCACCCCCAAAACCAGUCAAACUAGCCUACAGACUCUAGGCUCACCAGCUCUACAGCCAGGGGUCAAAGGUUACAGGAAGCAAGCAGUGUCACUGAAAAAGGGGUUACCAGUGGGGACAGAUGUCUGAAAAAGAAGUGCUGUAAACGUCAGGGUCAUUACCUUACGACAGCUCGGGGCACCUGUUAAAAGGGGUGCGAUGCUGUUCUUGCCGGGUCCAAAAAAAAGAAUUGUUCUGUGAAAUAAUGAGAACUUAGAUGCAGGCAUCAUCUGCACAGAAUACUACAUGAGGAAAACCUGUUCAUGGUUAAAAGGUCAAGGAUCGCUGAAGAUUUCCAAGGUAGAGUUAUAUGCUGGUCAUAGUGGUGAAAUGAACAUGGUUUCACAGGAAGUAAAAAUCCAUGUCCUGUAUAGGGAAAUAACAAGAUCAAUAUGUUGAAUAGUGCAAUGCUAUAACAAUCACAUCAAGUAAUCACUGUAAUGUUUUAGAAUAUUGUAUUCUUUUACACAAUCUAGCUGGAAUUUGGGACAGUUGAUUAUCAUGUGCAUUAAUUGGCAUGUCUGGACUUUGUUCACAAUGCCAAAUAAUUCUGUCUUCUCUGAUUUGUUGAUAUAUUGUUGACUUUGUGAUAUGGAAGAGAAAUCUCACCUUAAAGAUGACAUUUAAUAUUAUUUAUUGAAAACAUUGAUGUAAGAUCUUCUAUACAUGUGUGUUUUUGUGUGUGUAUAUUUCAUUGUAAAUUAAGAUAGGUGUGGUAGAAAUACAACUCAGUGUGUGCGAUUGUACAAAUUAUAUCUAUAUAUAUGCUUACUUUUAUUUAUUUGAAGAAAAAAAAUGUUUGUAUGUGUUUUAUUUCAACUAGCAGAUUGAAUUUGAAAUUUUAUUAUUUGUAUUUUUAAAGUUGCACUCAAGUUCAGCUUACUGAAUGAUAAAUGGACAAGAAUAAUUUUUCAUAAAUUUGAAAGCAUCGACAAGUUAUAUAUACAUGUAAUUACAUUUCCAGAAAUUGAUAAUAUACUUUCAUCUGUCAAAAAUUGAUGUAAAUCUGCACCAUAUUUUGUCUCCAAUAUGUUAAGUUUACGUGUUUAUAAUUGCAAGUUUCUUCAUAACUUUUGAUAUAAUUGCUUAAGUAUUUUGAAUUUUCAUAAUUGAAACAUUAUGCCAAAAUUCGUAUUGUAUUAAUGAAGUACCAUAUUUUGAUGCUUCAACUUAAAAAAAUGUCUCAAAUAGAUGAACAAUAUACUUUUAUGCUUGAAGCAAUUAUUACAUAACUCUGUAUUUGUUAAUGAAGUAUUCUGGAAUAAGAAUAAUAUGUAAUAUUUUAAUUAAUCAUCUUGAACAUAUAUCUACAAAGACAAAUCAAUUCUGCUGGAUACAGAACAAAUGAAAACUUGUUUGAUCAUUGUAUUUGAAAUAGAGAAAUUUCUGAGUUUGUCGCCACAUGAUUAAAUAAAUAAUCCACAUAAAGAAUUAUUUAGGUAUCGAGAUACUGAUUAGUUUACGUAUUACAUUGUCAGACUCUGCAAUACUUGUUUUCCAUGUUUGAUGAAUGGAGAAAUAUUUGUUCUUGUUCCAAGGACAACCAGAGAAAAAUAAAUAUAGCAUGUAAACUCAA